AGUCCACUUAGCUCCCAGCACCGUCCUCCGCACCGGUGGUGUGGUGUGUUGACCAUGGGCGCGUGUAUAGGAAAGCCGGACGUGAAGGGUAGCAUGAUCAUUCAUGAUCAAGAAGAAGAACGCUUUACGACUCGUGAAGUGGUAGAGACCACGCGGAAUCAGCGGGCUGAAAGCAUCACCCGCAGUCAGUUGAUCCUGAGUCACGCGGGGGGACGUGCAGUCGAUGUACAAGAUGCAGAACAAUAACAUCGGCGAAGGCACGUACGGUUCUGUGGCGAUCGGAGUGCACAACAGCACGGGCGCCAAGCGAGCCAUCAAGACCAUGUCCAAGGCGAACUUGAAGCACGUGGUCCGAUUUCAGCAGGAGAUCGCCAUCAUGAAAUCGAUGGAUCAUCCAAACAUCAUCAAGCUCUAUGAAACCUUUGAAGAUCGAAAACACAUCUACUUGGCCAUGGAGCUUUGCACCGGCGGUGAGCUCUUUGAUCGGAUCAUCGAAGUGGGCCAGUUCACCGAGAAGGACGCUGCCAUUGUGGUGCAGCAGAUGCUCUCAGCGGUCUUCUACAUGCACAAGCGCCAGGUGUGUCAUCGAGAUUUGAAACCUGAGAACUUCCUGUUCCUGACCAAGGGGCCGAUGGAGAAGAACUUGUUGAAGAUCAUCGACUUCGGCUUGUCCAAAUGCUUCGAGGCUGAUGUGCCCAUGAGCACCAAAGCUGGAACGCCCUACUAUGUCGCACCGCAAGUGCUUCAAGGCAAGUAUGACGCUUCCUGUGACAUUUGGAGCUGUGGAGUGAUUAUGUACACCAUGCUGUGUGGCUAUCCGCCCUUCUAUGGGAAGACGGACCAGGAGGUCCUCAGUAAAGUGCGCAAAGGGAUGUACCAGUUCGAGCCAAAGUAUUGGAGACACAUCUCUCAAGAUGCCAAGAAGCUCAUUACGAUGCUCUUGAAGUUCGAGCCCGAGACACGGCAGCUCGAGAGAGCGUUGCAGGACACCUGGAUCAAAGACAAAGCGCCCAAGGCGCAGAAUGUUUGCCUCCAGGACCAUCUCGUCCGCAAUCUCAAGAAUUUCAGGUCCAAGAACAAGCUCAAGAAGGCGGCUCUCAACAUCAUCGCUGGGCAGAUGAGCGAGUCGGAGAUCACCGACUUGCGCGAGACCUUCAAGUCGCUGGACGCCAACGGCGACGGCUUCCUGACGGUCUCCGAGCUGCGCGACGGCAUUGAGAAGGCGCAGCUGCGGCGACCGACCAUCGACUUGGACGCGGUGGUGGAGGGCGUCGACGCCGAUGGCAGCGGCCUCAUCGACUACACGGAGUUUUUGGCCGCCACACUGGAUAAGCGGGUCUACCUCCAGCGGGACGUGUGCUAUACCGCCUUCGCGGUCUUCGACCAAGACGGUGAUGGCCGCAUCACGCUGGACGAGCUGAAACAGAUCUUGGAGAACGGCUCGGUGGAUCAGAUGAUGGAUGGAUGCAAGUCAGAGGAACUCUUACAUGAGGUGGAUCAGAAUGGUGAUGGUUCGAUCGACUUCGAGGAGUUUAUGGAUAUGAUGAGAGGUCGAUCCAUGUCCAUGGACACCACCACACCCAGAUCCAAGAUGGGCGGACGCUCAGCACGCUCUGGACGUUCUCGCGAUGUGUCGCCCAGCUUGUUGAGAUCCCGGAGCAAAGUGAGUCAACAUGAAAAGGCGCAGAAGUGUCACCUGGAUGCAUCAGGAGUCGUUUUACUGCCUUCACGCCUUCUCUUUUUUAGCGGAAGAAGACGCUCUUGGCACCGUUCACCCUUGGGGCGGCCAAAGAGGUGGAGCUGAAGUGAGUGACAGCUACAUGGUGUCCGGUGACAGCCUCAGAAAGUGGCC